AACGGAAUCUCGGCGUUUUUGCAGGACCCCACAAUCCAAUGACGGCUGCAACAACGGCGACAGUUCGGCCUUCGGCAGCCAUCCGCGGAAUACAAAUAUCUUAACAACAACAACAGGAGCGGUGAUAGCUACAGCCACGCCAAAGUCAACAGCAGAAGCAAUAACCGUAACAGUGUUUGUAAUUGAACGAGCUAAAUCGCACGGCCCUAUACGAAACUUGGGCCGCCCGUUCCUGUUCUACUCAGCGUUGUGGUUUUCAUCGUUAACCAUACCUAUUCCGGAGCGCACGACCCACACUGCGUCGUUCGUAACUGCAGUGAAAACAAUAACAGUCACCGCUGAGAUAAGCGACAGUAACAACAAUAACAGCAAUAGUCAAAACAACUCGACUCACGUAUACAGGGCUCUCACGAAAGGUCAGCUAUUCGUUACCCUUUACGGCGGCUCCUUGUGGUACUGCGCAACUAAAAUAAUUCCGGUAUCAUCUAGGACAGUGCAGCGGGGAUUACCUUUCUCAUCGUCAUUGUCGUCACCGACAGUAUGGGGUUGAAACACCCUCACGUGGACGUCAUUCGUGGCCAUGCUUAAGGAUUUCAGUGAUGUCGCCAUAGUUAUAACUCGCGUGUUCUACAACACCACGCCGACAUCAAUCGUCUCCUCGACUGGACGCCUGUACCGCCUGAAUUCGCCUCACGCCCAGGUCCCGUCAUGACCAAGCGUUCAAACAACGUGCUCAUGCUCACGUUAACCAAGUUGGAGGAGUCCGGAGGAGAUAGCGUCGGCGGGGGUACUACUGGAGGUGGACCUUCUUUACCCGAAAGUCUCGAAGCCAUCCAAAAAGCCGAUUACCUAUCGCCUCAGCGACACCGAUGGAACACCAACGAGGAAAUUGCUGCUAUUCUGAUUAGUUUCGAGCGGCACGAGCAAUGGCUUAGUAAAGAGGUACGAAUCCGGCCUCGAAGUGGGUCCAUGCUCCUCUACAGCAGGAAGCGGGUUCGUUACCGACGGGACGGUUACUGCUGGAAAAAACGUAAAGACGGGAAAACGACACGAGAAGAUCACAUGAAGCUUAAAGUUCAGGGAACAGAGUGUAUCUACGGCUGUUACGUGCACUCGGCGAUCGUAGCGACAUUCCAUCGUCGCUGCUAUUGGCUAUUACAAAAUCCCGACAUCGUGCUCGUACAUUACCUUAACGUGCCCUUCUCUGACGAUUCAAAGAUGGUGGUAGCUCCGUCGUUGUCACCCUGUAGCGAUGCCAAGGAGUGGAGCAAGGAAGAGCUCAUCUCGCAGCUCAAGCCCAUGUUUCACACGGAGGCGGACGGGGACAUUGACGUCGAGAAAGAUAAAGAAAGCGUCAAAUUCAGUAAGACGAUGGAUACUGUUGAGGCUAUCGUGACGCAGCUUAUUGAAAAGCAACGCCUCAAGAACGCUAUGAUAGUCAAAACGCAUGAGUGUCCCUGUGAUUCAACCACCAAGACGCCGACGCCUAAAGGGCCUGCUCUGUCACCUCCACAAACGGAGUCUACGACCGUGGUGCAGGCGACCGUCGUCACGGGCCAAGCGCAGACGAUUACUACUGGGCUGAAUCCAUUUGUCACACAAAUUACAAAUUCGAUAAAUGGGAGCAUCACUGAUGGUGGACUCAACGCAACGCUAAACGCUGCCACACAAAAUAAGAAGAACUGCGGCCAUACGGUUCAUAGAAUCAUCUCGCCAAAAAGUGGCCAGCUUUUGACGUCAUCCGUCAUCAGUAGUUCGGUGUCAUCUUCGACGCAGCUUGCCAAGCCUGACCUUGCCGUGGGUCAUCAAGGUUCGACUCCCAGUGCAGCAAGACCGAACCCUACCGGGUUAGCGACUUCGACAACUACCGGAGCCGGAGGUGGUUCUAGCGGUGGCCCCAGCAAUGCGGCACAAACCACCCCACCGAAUCGUUCGGCCAGCGUCCUGCUGGCCCCCUGCCGGCCUUUGAAUGGAGACGUGUCUCGUCCGAGUUUCAUUCUCAAUCUGUCACAGCUUCAAGGCGGUGGCGGGCUGCUGAUACUUAACAGUCUCAAUGGAACAGCGUCCACUACGUCCGGCCUCUCGAGUGCGUCAGUCACCCCCGUAACUUUGUUGUGCGGUGGCAACGGCAGCGGCAGUAGUAGCAGUAGCGGUGUAAACAAUCCUAACACCACGCAAUCACAACAGCAACCGCAGGCCCAGCAGCAAUCUGUACAGUCCGGGGCAAUUGCAUCAACAUCUGCUCAGCCGGCUGUGACUACUGUCGUAUCGUUGUCUCAAAACACGUCUUCGCCCAUAGUGACGACGCCAAUCGUGCGUGCAGCUGCGGCCAUUUUGGGGAAUUCAGGCAGUAGUGCCAAGGCCAGCACGUUCGGUCCAAGUGGAGCCGCGCAGGAUCCGCAAGGGUCCUCGACGCCGUCUGGUGGGCUCUCCGACCCGUCCGUGCCAUGCUCCGUAUCAUCAUCAGUACCUGAUUCAAUUAGCAGCAAACCGGUGGUCACGCCACAGAGGGUGAUCCAUGUCAAACGAGAGAGAGUGAUACUGAAAGCAGAAUCACCCGAUUCCGCGUCGUUGGUUGUCGAGGUUAAGCCAAGCUCUCCUACAAAUGAUGAAGAAGUGCUGAUGCAGGUGGAUGAACAAGCCGAAACGGGUCAGCGAAAGGGAGAUUGGACCCAAAGUUUGCAGGGCGCGUUAGGCCUCCUUGGCGUUCAAGCCCACAUGCGGAGCCCACUGAAGGGUCUCGGCCCACCUUCACCAGCCGACCUGCGUCCAACGUCUGCGAGCCUGACAGGUCACGCCGUCAUCAACCAACGAGUACAAAGUCACUGUGGUCAAGUUCUCCAGGUGAAGUCCGAGGGAGCGGUUACAUCUAAGGAUGACACGCACAUACUCCUCAAGAGCGAACUAAAGACCGAACCGCCGGAGGUUUCAGACCCUGUUACCAGCACACCAAACAUAUCUGUUGAUAUUCCACACUCAAGUUCGGCACACCUAGGAGGAUCUACGUCGCCUAACGAAGUUUUGGUAUGCGAUCUAAAUGCGAUGGAUUUUAUCGAGCAUGACAUCAAUGGAGCUGAUGAAGAAGUGUUCAACUUGGACGCCUUCGACAUGCUGACUGACCUUCCAAACUGGGAUGAUUUCAACGUGAACGCCGACAUGCCCGGUGGAACACACUCUGCACAGGGUUCGGCGUCUUCUCCUACGGCGUCUCCCGUGAAGAGCGUGGUUCCUGCUAUCGCAUCUGCGGGACCUGUGGCUCCGGCAGAUUCCGUCAACAUUGCAGAAACCGGCAACUUUCGGGUUGCUGGUGGAGCCGACAUCACUGAUUAUUCUCCAGAUUGGGCCUACACCGAGGGCGGUGUCAAGGUGCUCAUCACUGGGCCUUGGUUCCAGGCCAACAGUAUGAGCCAGUACUCAAUUCUAUUCGAUGGGAUCGGCGUGCCAACAACGUUAGUACAGAGCGGAGUUCUGCGUUGUUUCUGCCCGGCACACGAACCGGGCCUUGUCUCGCUACAAGUCGCCGCGGACGGUUUUGUCAUCUCGAACUCGGUCAGCUUUGAGUACCGGGACAACACAAAACUGACGACCGAGGCCGAACAAAAAGCCAGGAAAGGAUUUUCUGUCGAGGAAGCGGCUCUCAAAUUCUCGUUACUCGAGCGUCUAGAAAACGUGGAGACCCGGUUAGGGUCUAGCCAGGCCAAUCUCCGAGGGCCUCCCACUAACAAGGACCAUCACAGCAGCGGGACCCUCGCACUCGCCUUAUCAGACAAACAGCGGUCAUUUGAGGAACGUAUGAUUCUUAUGUGUGCGGAGCUUUCACAAAUGCAGUGGCCGCGAAAUCUUCAAAUCGCGGGAUCCCAGACAACCUGGCCUGGAAAACUUGGCGAGGUUGGAGAGCAUUCAACACCUAUUCCUGCCCAACUCAUACCGAAAACAACGGCUCACAACGACCUCACGCUGUUACACCUUGUGUCUGCUCUAGGAUACAGCAAGUUAAUGUCCACUUUGCUUCGUUGGCGAACGGACAACCCGUCAUGGCUCCUUGAGGUCGAAUUGGAUGGAUUGUCAAGAGAUUCGUUAGGCAAUACGCCAUUGCACUGGGCGUGUGCCCGAGGCCAGCUAGAAAUUGUUCGCCAAUUAGAGACACUACGAACGGGGGCCGCCUCAAUUGUAAAUGUGGCUGGGGCAAGACCAGCAGAUUGCGCCAGAGACCAUGGACAUUUUAACAUCGCAAAUCGUUUUUCAAUCGACGAUAGUGGAUUGAGUAAAUUUGACGCCUUUGGAAACAAUGAUAACCACGACUCGGUCAACAUUACUCACUGCAAUGAUAACAGUUAUCGAUACGGGCGUCGACUCAGUGAACAUGCUCCUGGGCCAUUACGCAAAACAGUCAGCCGUGGGUCGACCGGUGGAGGCGGGACACUGUGUUCGAUAUUGGCUGAAUCCGCUCGGUCUUCAGUGGACAGCGGUAUGUGCGACCUUGGGAUGAAUGUGCCUGCUCGCAUCAACAGUACCCAUACAGAUAGUAACAACGAUAUCGCUUCUUUGGAUACGACGGACUCAUCGUCUACAAGCCCGUUCGUUGAUGUUGUAGGGGUUUCCGAUGAGGAACUAGACUCCGUUCCACUUCAGCCCACAUCGAUCUCUAUGGCUUCGUCCCGGGAGUGCCUUCAAGGUCUGGGUGGAGCCGUCGAACAGGUAGAGGAGCGACGCGUUCUCACCUUGGCUGAACAGAUUAUCGCGGCACUGCCUGCUAGAAUUAAGGGAAGUCUACGAAACGGUCCUGAUGAAGGUAGUAGCGGUGCUCUAAAUACUCACUUGAACUCACCAAUGCUGGGCAAUUCCCGACACAACCCGAGCAUGUCACAUCCCUCGCGUCUUAUUGAUGAUGACCUAUCUGAUCUCCCUGGUGACGGGAUGCAUUUCGAUCUCAGUGGUGCCAACCCUGCAACACAUAGCUACCGGUAUUGUGCAGAAUCCGGUGAAACGCCCCCUUCAUGUCCAUCUUCGCCAUCGUCGUCGUCAUUUGGGUUUGUCGCAGAUCAUUCGCGCUCGCCUCCGCCUACUACCGCCGAUUUCUGCGAGUUUUUCAAGGCGUCCGGUCGCGGUGUCAUGGAGCGCGACUUCUCUCGACUCACUCUAUCAGACGCUGAACAACGCGAACUAUACGAGGCCGCGAAGAUCAUUCAGAAGGCCUAUAGAUCGUAUAAGGGACGCAAAAGGGAACGCCAGGAAGCCGAUAAAGAACGCGGCGCUGCCGUCCUCAUUCAAAACUAUUAUAGGCGAUACAAGCAAUACAUGUAUUACAAACAAUUAAACGGUGAACAUCCCGAAAGGGAAUCCAUCGGAAGUGGUAGUUGGACGGAGCACAGUAAACGCUUCAAAAAGGACGAUGCUCCGACUGUAGGAAGUAGCCUGCUUGGCGGUGAAAUCGUCGGGGGUGAAAGGGGCGGCUUUGAUAUUCGCGGCACGCUACGCGAAUCGGCUCCGUUAUCGCGUCGAAUCUGUUCCCAACGACGACAGCAUCAAGCGGCUCGCAAAAUCCAGCAGUUCAUGCGUCAAUCCAAAAAUAUCAACGUAUGGAACUAUAUUCCUAAUAAAGUGGUUGCCGAACGCCCGUGUCUGAGCUGUAGACGUCGUGAUGGGCCAGUUGGAACUGGGGGGCAUUGUCGAGUCCAUUUAAAAGCCGCUCUCCGACCCUCCCGAAAAACAGCAGGUGGACAGUCCUCAAGUGGUCGCACUCGACAGUGUUCUGGGGAACGUACUGCUUGAGCAGCGGGAUCGAUGACAACACCGAACGUCUGUAUCUUUCAUCUUUGAGGUGUUCAGUUUUCUACCGUCGCUGCAGAGGACAACGUUACACAAAAGAAGGACGGCCGGAGUCUGUUCAGAAACUAGCGCCCCGUAGGGACUUUAUCGAUUCGAUUGGGGCCUCUUCCCAUCUGGGGAAAGAGCGUUCUCCACUGUAAUCUAUUUGUUGAUUUACUUAACUAGUAUAACGGCUGAUAAGUACACGAUGGCCUAGCGUUGCCGCUAUCGCAGUCGUGCCUGCAGCUACAGCUGACCGGGUGUCUAACCCAUUGUAAUACUGAUUUGUUGCUGAAUCUGUAUGUAUGAAGGGAGCCUGUCUCGUGCGUGUGCGUUCCGUGUAGAGGAGGAUCCGCACGUCGAAACCAUCCGCGUGAUUUCUUUGUUCGUUUUCAUUAUUAUUUAUACACCAGUAACUACAAAGAUACAUACACAUAAAUGCAUACGUAGUGCUCACUCAGUCAUCUACUCAUAUCGAUGCUACCUGGAACAGUCCGAUUUGUAGUGCGCUACCUGAAGUCAAGAGUUGGAGAGGCGAACCCUUCGGACGGCCGUAGAAGAAACUACACAUAUAAUCUUUGAAAGAUGACUGAUCACAUCCACUAGCUAGCGGUAACAAUAGUACGACAGAUAGAUAUCAUUAUAUUCAUCGAUAACAGAAAGGACAACAAUAGUAAAAAUUGACAAUAUACGCCACUAGUUAAUACAAUUGUAAUAGUAAUAACAAUGGCGCAGGUAAGAAUGCUGUACAUGCAUUCUUACGACACGCUUGUAGUGUGGUUAGGCUCACCAGGAUAGAAAAGGUAUCGUGUCGAGCCAACUCAAGGCUGUUGUCCUAUUUGACAGGAUAUACAGCAAGCUCUCGAGCAAUUUUCCAAUGAGCACUUGCGCCAUAUAGAACACUGAACAGAAGCCUAACAGAAGGAGCUCCGGCCGACUGGAUAUCCGUUGUUAACUGCCGGGCUUGCUUGCCAAGACAAUCCUCGAUCCGAAGCUGCCGCGUUUCGCUGCCUUGCGACCUAUUACGGACCGCUAGAACGUAACUGGACGAUAAAUAUUGUAGAAGGUAGCAGGCUCGACGCUUCUGGUGUGUCGCUAACCCUUCAUGCGGGCAUGGGAGACCCACAGGAACGACAUACCAUUGUCAUUAUUAUUAUUAUAGACGUAAGUAUAAUAGUUAUAUACAAUACAAGAUAAAAACCUACUUUAGCCUCGUUACCUAAGUGGCUAAGUUUUCCUCAGCUGGCAUUGGCAGAGACGUGCCUGUUUGUUGUGUUUUAUAUGAUUAUUGGUGACGAUGGAGAUUAUUGAGAUAGAGAGCUUACAACAAUAUUACACUAAUACUGAUAAUAAUAAUAAUUAGUAUACAAACAACGUGGGUGAUGAGACAUUCUGAAGAUUUUUCGUGAUCUUUUUAGCAGCUAUCCGGCGGUACCUCGCUGUCUUUUACCUUAACAAUAAUCAUAAUAAGAAGAAGACUAAUAACGAUCGCGGAUGGCGAAAGCACGUAGUUUUAUCAGAUCAUAGGAAAAUAUGCGAUAUUAAGAGACUUAUGUACUACAACGGACACACGGAUUUUUCUUUUGGUGAUAUUAUGACCCUAGAAUGAUAAAGAGAUGCCCAUUAUUAUAGGUAGUAAUAGCUGAAACAGAGGUACCACAUAGAGACCGAAGAGCUGAAGGUGAUGGCCAAGUAGCUCAGGCUGGUUUUGCAAGGGCCGUAGGUGGUUAAACUAUUAUUACUACUAAUAAUAGCGACCUCACAAAAAAAAGAGACGACUUUGAAAAAGCGCUGAUGUUAAUUACGAUAAGAAAUUGGUCAUAAAUCGGUUAUUUUCUAACAGCUGAUGAUCAAUGCAAGAAGACGAACUCCCUGGGCAGCCUAAUUUACAAGAUCCUCAAAGUGUCGUCCUUCUACGUCAGGAAAGACCCGCAACGUGGUCAAUGCCCAGAUCUGAAAAAACAACAACAACACCAGCAUCCGAAAAUUAUUUCGCGAUUACCUGUCGCGUGACAGCGGCAUAACUACAGUGCGCUGAGUACUUAACCUCUAUACUCCAACCUUUUAGCAAAAUGCGGGCCUUUGGCUUGGCCUAUUACUGUUUCUUUUUUUUUUACCGUACCGUUUACCUGGUAGCACGCAAUACAUAUGUUCGUAAGUGGUGCAGUAACCACAAAAGUGGGCACCAAUCAAUGGAGUAUUGUCCCAGCGGUCUUUCGCUGCAGGCCCAAAAACGGCUGAUCCGUGCGCAUGAGCAAACCAGACUAGUCUCGUACGAUUUUUCUUCUUCUCCACGCCUGCCUGCUGAUAUUGUGGUAUAUAUAUAUACAUAUAUAUAUAUAUAUAUAUAUAUAUAUAUAAUAACUGUAUACAG